UACACGAGCAUUGACGAGUACAAACACGAAUCAGACAAGUUGAAACACGCUACCGGCGACCGGUCAUUCAAUCCACUGAUUCAGUCGUCCAUCGACACUCACACCGUAAGAUCCUCUUAAUCCACAUCUUGCCAUUGCCAAUAAUUGCCAUCUGUUUCUAAACAGAUAUUUGCCCCAAAUCGUGUGUCUGUUCCCACUAUUCAAUUCAUAAAUUGCCACCACCAACCUGUGACAAUCUCCCCAAAAUCUUGAGCAAAAAAUUCAUUCUGCUACCGGUGCAAUAGGUUAAGGUGAAUUCAAAUAAAAAAUUGAUAAAUCCAGUGUUUGAAUAAAAAAUAUGUGAAGUGAUUUCAAUUCGUUGGAGGAGGAGAAUUCUGAUAACCCGAUUAUCGGAGAGUGACUGAGUAUGUGAAAGUGAUUUUUAUUUGGCGAAUACAAUAGGGAAUUCUUUGUUGAGAGAAAGAUGGGAUUGUUGAGGGAUAUGGGUUUGCUGAUGAUUAUUUUUGUGAUGAGGGGAUUUUGGAUUGUCGCUGGGGGACCACCUCCUGCUCGUGAUAAUGAACUUGAGGAAUAUUGUUCUGCACAUAAAUUUGACAAUCUUCCUGGGGGUCUGAGGUUUACCAAAGAAGUUGUCACGACUGAGUACGCGAAUGUUGGAUCAUUCAAAGCAAUUCACUGUUGUCUCAGGGGAUAUCGCAGCAUUGAAUGGUAUAAAGAUGACAGAGCAUAUCCGUGGCCAGGGGCAGUCAGCCACUUUAUUCUGUACCCAGAGAGUGCCAAUCAGACGAUCUACACACAAGAGGCAAGACCCUCUGACGCCGGUAGAUACUCCUGCAAAGCUCGAAACGACACAAACACACUCAUUGGUGAUAUUAGCCUGGAGAUAGUGGGUGAGUCUCGAGGUGAAGACACUAGUGGUUACACAGGUAAACCUUUGGUGAGUUACAAACCAGUAUCACAGCUGGUGUCCCUUGGAGGUGCUGCUAGGCUAUUUUGCGAGGCUUAUCUCGGUAAAGUCGAUUUACCAGACGCAAGGAACUCGGUUACCUGGACAAAAGCUGGUAGUAAUGCCACUGUUCCCAGUCAGGGAAGGGUUUCACAGCAUCGAGUCACGAGGGAAGACGAGCAAAUUAUUGGAUCGUACUUGGAGAUAACAGCUACAACACUAGAAGAUUAUGGCCAGUACGAAUGCAGAGUCAGCAAUGGUGCUGACGAGGAGAUGACGCUAUCAGCUCACAUUUAUCUUCAUGAUGAGCGAUACGCUGUUGGAUUGAGAAAUGGAUCGUGGAGGAAGGCCAUGAUGCUUGGUGUUGUCGUUUUUGUUCUUGUUGUAUCGAUGAUCGCUUCUUACAUCAGAUGUUGGCUGCCGUUGGCCGUUCUCUGGCGCAACAGGUUUUCACGCCUUGAAGAAAAUGAUGGUAAAAAUUGCGAUGCUCUAGUGUGCUAUCACGAGAAAGAUGCAUUCAUUGCGUUGGGGGCACUAGUCGCUACUUUGGAGAAUAAAUACCACUUCAAGUGCACGACACUCGAGCUUUCGCAUUUGAAUCGCAACUGGAAUAUGGAAAUAGCUCCACACGCAGCAUCCGCUCGUCGAGUGAUAAUUCUUCUGAGUCCAAGCUCGAUACCGCAGCCCUGGACAGAGGGCAAUUUGAGUUUGGUCCUCAAACAAAUAAGUCAACUCCCUUUGAAGUCAAUCGUCGUAUCUCUCAGUGAUCUUCCAAAUAUUACGACAUUCGCUAAAACCGGAAGUUGUGUGGAUGCAGCAAGCGAUGGAAUUGUUCUCGAUAAGAUGACAAUACUCAGAUGGCACGAGAAGGAGAGGGAAAACUCGAGUGACACCAAGUUCUGGUACAGAUUAAGGCUUCUUUUACCCGUAGUCAGACCAUUGACGAAAAAAUCUGAUGAGUCGAGGUGUCAGAGUGUCGCUAUGAUCAUCCAGUCAAAUGGGACAAAUACACUUCAGAUGAAGAGCCGAUCCCAAGGGAGCUUCGAGGUUCUCGUUUAGAAUUAGUAUUAUCUCCUGUUUAUAUCGAGUAACUUGUGAUAUAAGAAUCAUAAUGUCUCUGUACGUUAAACGUUCAGAUUAUUCAAUUCAUCAAUUUCUCUCAAUUAUCAAUUUGUCAAUUAAUAAUUGAGUGGGUAAUUGCUAAUCAACAUUCCUCAUUUAAUUUACUUCGUUUAUAUUACAUAUUUUGUACAUAUACGUGACUGGGUACGUAAGUUCUGUUUAGUAGCAGACCGUCUAUGGUUUUUCUUCUUUUUUUUUUCAUAUUUAAUUUAUUCAGCUAGGUGAUAUUUUUAUGGUAAGGAACUAUUUCAAAUUAACUGUAUGCAAUGAUGGACGGUUUCAUUUUUUAGUUCUAUUGAGGAGUGCAAUAAGAUGAAGUGUUACAUUUUUUUUUACAAGGUUUUUUUACGGAGAUGGUGAACAUAUUCUUGAGUCUAUUGGUCGGGCAUUGAAAAUAUCAAUGGGAGAAAUUUAUCUCAUUGACGAGUCAAUUAUCGAUAUCAUUUCGGAGAAAAAAACAUUAUUUGCUCUUGAGGUGAUAGGAAUUCAUUGAAUUGCGGUGAUAAUGAAUCACAAAUUUUCGUCGAGGAAAAUAUAUCAGUCACAGAGAAUUGUGUAGUACAGUGAAUCGUCAUAAUCUUGCAAUUUUUGUUAAUUGUUCGUUAACCUUGGAUGAAGUGAUUUCAUGGGGAAAUGCCAGGUGAUAUUUGUCGUGCGUCAUUGCUCCACGAAAAUCAUCUCUUGGCAUUUGUCUCUCACGUAUUAGCAAUGGAAUGGUAGUACGUGAUACUUUUUUUAAAAUAAUUCUUAAAAAAUGUAAAAAAUUCGGUUCUAGAAUUUUCUAACUGAAAUUUAUUCUUA